AUGAUUCCGCGCAUCUUCGAGGCUGAAGGGACCAAACUUCUCCUUGCGGGUGACAAAGUCCAAGGUUCGUACCCACUUGGUGAUAUCAAAGGGUUCGACAUGAUUGCUCUUAUCGGAACUCAUGCUGGCCAUCGACGCGAAUAUGACAAGCGCGACGACGAAUGGGGAACCCUCACGAGGGGGAGCACAUAUAUGGGUGAAGAGUUCUAA